AUGGGAAAGAAGAAGAUGAUGAAGUUCGCUUUUCUGACCAAAACCUCGGAGAAAUGGCGGCCAUGGCCAAGCUGCGCCAUGUCUGGUCAUUUAAAAACCCAGUCUUUUCGAGGAGAUGGAGAUAAUGGAAUCUUCAAGAUCCUGAACUCUGCUUAUAACCUAGAUUCCACCGGAGACCACGAUUCUUCUUCGGUGAAUAGUGGGAAGGGUGGAGGGUGUUUGUCAAUGGCGUCGUAUGAGCAGUUGGGUAGUGAUUGCGUAGAGAAGGUGAUCCGAGGGUUGAGGUCGGAGAGGCUGGUUUUUAAGCCGGAAGAAACCAGCUCCAUGGUGGUGGAAAGCGCCGCCGGCGGCGGCGGCGGCGGGGAGAAGUUUCCGUUGAAGGAAAGCGUGGCGAUGGCGAUGGACUCGACGGACCCGAUUAUGGAUUUCAAGAGAUCAAUGGAGGAGAUGGUGGAAGCUCACGAUGGGGUCAAAGAUUGGGAGUUUCUUGAAGAGCUUUUGAUUUGCUAUUUGAGAAUAAACGGGAAGAGCACUCAUGGGUAUAUCGUCGGAGCCUUUGUUGACUUGCUGGUCGGCCUUUCCAUCGACGCCGCCGCCGCCACUGACGCUGAGACCACCGCCGCCGCCACCACCGUUGCUUCUUCUUCGUCUUCAUCCUCUAGCGGCGAUGAACAUUGUUUGCUGUCUUCAUCAACUAUUGACCAUAAUUCAUUCACUUCUCAAUUCUCUUUUACUUCCUCUGCCACUUGUUCAACUGGUCCUUAUUUUUCUCUGCAAGAAAAAUCUCAUGAAGAUGAGAUAAUGGAGAAGUCUGCUUCCAUAGACCAUGCCUCUUCUUCUUCUUCAUCACAUCUAAGUUAG